AUGCUAGGAGUAUCCCGUUUCACGCAAGUGAGGGACGGGAUUCGAAGUUCUCUCCUACGUCAGCGAUCGAAGAUUAGAGACGCCGCCGCGUUUGCCAAGGAAAGUAAAAUAAGGUGGGCCGGACACGUGAUGCGCUUUAAUGACAACCGUUGGACCAGAGCCGUGAGCGACUGGGUUCCCCGCGAUAUUAAGCGCACUACAGGAAGACCGCCGACCCGAUGGUCAGAUUUCUUCACGAAGUCCUUGAAAGAAAAAUAUGAUGCUCUUCGUGUCCCACGCGAAAGGAGGAACCACUGGGCUACUCUGGCACGCGAUCGGGACAAAUGGAAGAAUUACUGGCGCCCGCUCGACCAGUUCGAAGAUCAACGGGAGUCAAGGUGA